AUGGCAAGAACAGCUCAGAUUGCACGGGGUCCAUCUGACCCACCUAGACGAUGGAUUCAACGGGAAUAUGCCGGCCAUGAAGGCAACACUGUCAUUCUGGGUAAGAUUUCCUCUGAAAGCCAGUUCUAUCAACCAGAGCCAGAGGAACUUGAGGCGUACCGACUCCAAAUAUAUAGCACGGCCCCCAUCCUGCCAGAGGAGUUCAACAAGCUGUACGAAUAUUUCUUCUCGGAAUUCGACCAGUUUCCCUUCCUGGAGAUCUACUCAUACAACCCACCGGAUGGUCUGGCCUGUGUGGAGCAUCAGCGUCACGAAAUUGCUUAUCGGAAGCGUCUUCAUGCUGGACAGGGAAAGGACCAGUUCAUGUCAGGAUUCUGUUUCCUUCUCACGUCCAAGAGCUAUCUCAAAGGUGCAUUCCGUGACAAUGACCACGGCACGGGUCCCUGGUGGAUUAGCUUCGAACGGAGUCUUCCAGCAGCAGUCAAGAAGCUCCCAAUGAUAAAACGUCUUGGCAGGCCGGCGACUGAGCUUCAAACUUUUAAGGAGUGGGGUAUUUCAGUUGAUUCCGAAAUUCGCGAUAUCAAUGUGGAUAUUACGACAGAUCAGAGGGGAUUCGGCUUCGAUAUGAAAGAUCUUAUGCUGGGACGCUACUCGACAUACGAGACUCCGAUUUUGCAACACAUCCAGGAGGCUUUGGAGCAGCAGCAAACGGCAGAAAUUCAAUCUAUUGACCCAAAGGUACUUCGACUUACUUGGGGACCUGAAAAGAGUACUCUUACUGUCACAAACAACCCUUGGGACGGGGAAUGUGACCUUCAGUACGUCAUCUACGUCCAAUUCCUCGCGGGUAUCGAAGAGGAAAGGACCGCUGUCCUAGAAACCACCGCACGCACAUUCACCGCAGGCCUCAUGUCCCAUCUCCCUGUCUCUAAAACAAUGUACUUUGAGUUCCGGAUUCCCGACUCCUCCUUCUUAUCUUCCCUCAUAUCCUCGCCGCCCAACGGAUUUGAUAUCGGUGCCGCCCAUGAAUUCGAGCCAGGGUCAGGAACAUUUAUACGGGCACUGCCUCAGGGUUCACGUGAUUAUUCCUUCCGCCCAUACGCCCAUCACUAUUUCACAGUGGUUCUUGAUAAGCCCAGCUUCAUCCAGGAACCAGGUGUGCUAUUCUUCACUAUCUGGUCUGACCCCUCGCCAGAAGUUGAGAUUGACCCCGAUACUACUACGGAUCGCGUAAUUGAGACUCGUCGGAGUGCCGGUAUCCAUGAACUUACGAGGAGGCUUGCAAUGCUUUCGGUGGAAGAGAAUGUCCAGGAUAGUGCAAGGAAGCUCACGCGAGAGGAGCACAGAGAAUUAUUGUCCUUGUCGCCAGAAGAGUACGAACAGAAGAUGAACUUCUAG